AUGGCUCGUAAGCAUAAGGGCCAGUCCCUUAGCGACUGCCCCAAGGAUCUUAACGACAUCCCUUACAUCCGCUGGAUGAACCAGCAGAUCGUCAACGGCCGUCAUCCGACUGGCUUGUCCACGCCGCCCGCGCUUGACGGGCAGGGUUCUAGUGCACAGUUGCCCAGCGCGGGCCCCUCGCGUGUGCGUCGUCAGCCUGCAAGGACGGCGGCAACUGUGCGGCCCGCCGUGGAGCAAGAUGACGACGACGAUGAUAAGGAGUACCGCGGCGACGAGGAGGACGAGCCUGAGGACCUUGGGAUGUCGGACGAUGAUGACCGCAACAAUGACGGCGACGAUGACGACGCCGACGACGACGCGGAGGAGGAAGAGCAACCUCUUGCACAGCCGCCGAAACGGGGCGCCGCUCGCGCCUCAGGGACGGAUAGGGGCAAAGGCAAGGCGGUUGAUCCACCGCCACGACAGGAGCCAAGGAAGAAGCGGCCUGCUGCACCAGUUGAAAGGGGCUUAUGGUCGGAUAAGGAAAGCACUAUCUUCGCCGCCGCGCGUUGGUUCAUGAAAGACGAGCUCGAGCCGCUCAAGGGGAAGCAGGGGACGCAGUACUGGGUCCGCCUUCUCGCGCACAUCAAGGAGUCGAACCCGGGUUGGUGCCGGAAUGUCAAUGCGUUGCAAAAGCAGUGGCGCAACCAGAUGCUGCUUUGGCGGGAGUACAAGCGUGGUGAUGGUGGUUCGGGCAACGGUUCUGUGGAGAAACCGCCAUGGUGGCCGUAUCUGGAGCUGUUCAACAAGGACACCGCCGCAGCCGCACCACAUGCGGUGGAUGGCGGCGGUGCCACUAACGUCAACGUGCCGGCCGGCAUGGAGGUCCCAAGUGCCUCUCAGCGACACCGACCUUUACAGGACAUGCGCCUUGCACGCGAGCGCAUGACUGAAUCGGCCCCACCGGAUGUGCACCGUGCUACGACGGAUUUCAGCCCGCCUCCGCCACGCGGGGAGUCCGCGCCACCUCCCGGAGCCGCCCAGCCGCGCGACGAUGUUGGCGACGUCAACACCGUUACACCGGGUGAUGACGAUGUGGAGAUAUGGGUGCGCGGCGCCGACGAUUAG